UUGGCCAAUGUCCUGGUGGUGGGAUCCGGAGGCAGGGAACACGCCCUCUCUUGGAAGCUGUCCCAGAGCAGUGCGGUCGAUACCGUGUUUACCGCUCCGGGAAACGGCGGAACCCGGGACAACGUGUUCGUAGCCGCCGAGGACAUCGGUGGUCUGGCAGGCUUUGCAGAGAAGAACGACUGCUUUACCGUGGUAGGCCCCGAGGUGCCCCUGUCCAUGGGUAUUGUCGACCUGUUCCGCCGGAGGAACCUGGAGAUCUUCGGGCCCACGGGGGGCUCCGCGCAGCUCGAGUCCAGCAAGAUCUGGGCAAAGCAGUUCAUGAAGGGGAACGGCAUCCCCACUGCGGGGUUUGAGGUGUUUGAUGACAGGAAAGAGGCGCUAGAGUACGUGGCUAGCACGCCGCACCCGGUGGUCGUAAAGGCCGACGGGCUGGCAGCCGGAAAGGGCGUGUUUGUGUGCUCUGAUGCGGCAGAGGCAGGAGAUGCCGUGGAUGCCAUACUGGGCAGAAACGUGUUCGGGCGGGCGGGCAGCCGCAUAGUGGUGGAGGAGAGGAUCGACGGCGUCGAGGCGUCGUACAUCGCCCUGUGCGACGGCGACACCGUGGUGCCCAUGGCGGCCAGCCAGGAUCACAAGAGGAUAUACGACGGGGACAGGGGUCCGAACACCGGCGGCAUGGGGGCCUACUCGCCCACGCCGGCGGUGGAUGCCGAGAUUGCGGCGAAGAUCCAGAGCCGGAUCAUAGAGCCCACCGUCUCUGCCAUGAAGGGCCUCGGCCUCCCAUUCCAGGGAUUCCUCUAUGCCGGAAUAAUGGUAAGGGACGGGGAGCCGUACGUGCUGGAGUUCAACACCAGGAUGGGCGAUCCCGAGUGCCAGCCGAUUGUCAUGAGAAUGGACUUUGACCUCUACGAGUACCUGCUUGAGUGCUCCCGGGGCAGGCUGUCCCGGCUCCCUGCCCCGCGCUGGAAGAGCCAGAGCGCGGUGUGCGUCGUGCUGGCAUCCCGCGGAUACCCGGGGAAGUACCCCAGGGGCGAGGAGAUAGCGGGUCUUGGGGAGGUGCGUGACGGCAUGGUGUUUCACGCUGGAACCCGGAGGGACUCGGGCCGGGUUCUGACCACCGGCGGCAGGGUGCUGGGCGUGACAGCUCUGGGCUCGGACCUGAGGGAUGCGGUGUCGCGGGCGUACUCGAUGGCAGACAAGAUACGCUGGCCACACAAGCACUGCCGGACGGACAUUGGGAGUUGGGGCCUGUCCGGCGCGGAUCAGGCCGCCCUGUGA